AUGUCAACAAUGUCACCGUUUUUUGCUCCCUCUUUCCUCCUAGUCUCGGUUGUGAUCCUCCAACUCUCAGCCGUGACUUCCGCUAUCGGUAUCAACUACGGAACAUUAGGGAACCUUCCACCGCCGCAACAAGUGGUGAACUUCAUCAAGAAAAAUACCAUUUUUGACAGUGUCAAGAUCUUUGAUGCGAAUCCCGACAUCCUCCGAGCCCUAGCAGGCACUGGGAUCAACGUCACCAUGAUGGUCCCUAACGGAAACAUUCCAGCGAUGGUCAGCGUUGAUUAUGCUCGUCAAUGGGUUGCUGCCAAUGUCUUGCCGUUUCAUAAGCAGAUCAAGAUCAAAUACGUUUGUGUUGGAAACGAGAUCCUUGUCACUAAAGACAAUAACUUGAUCUCAAAUCUUGUCCAGGCGAUGAAAAGUCUUAACGAAGCUUUGAAAGCUUCCGGUCUCACAGAUAUCAAGGUGACAACUCCACAUGCGUUUACCGUCGGCUUUAAAGCAAAUGCACCAAGCCAAAGCAGAUUUCUCGACGACCAAAAAGACUUUUUCACUAAGAUCUUGGAGUUUCAUCGUCAAGCCAAGUCCCCAUUCAUGUUCAACGCCUACACUUUUUUUGCGAGGGACCCUAACAAUGUCAAUUACGCAUUAUUUGGUCCGUCAAAUGCUAUAACGGAUCCUAAUACAAACAAAAUCUACACCAACAUGUUCGACGCAGUGCUGGAUGCAACUUACUCAGCCAUGAAUGCUCUUGGCUAUGGCGACUUAGACAUGGUUGUGGGUGAAACCGGUUGGCCUAGCGUUUGUGACACCGCAUGUUGCACACCUCAAAACGCUAAAAACUUCAACAUUAACAUCAUUAAGCGUGGAAAGGUCAUAGGGACACCUCUUAUGCCCGAACGUCACAUCGAUAUCUUCAUCUUCGCAUUGUUCAAUGAGGAUGGUAAACCCGGAGGGACCGCUGAGAAAAAUUGGGGGCUAUUCAAACCGGAUUUUACUCCGGUUUAUGAUGCUGGCGUCGAACGAGAAGGUCAUAAAGGUGUACCGAGUCCGACUCCGAGCCCGAGUGGCCCGAGUCCGAUUCCGAGCCCUGGUGGUCCGAGCAGCGGUGGAAAAUGGUGCGUGGCUAAACCGGAAGCGACAGACGCACAACUUCAAGCGAACAUUGAUUGGGUGUGUGGUCAAGGUGUUGAUUGUAAGACAAUCUCACCUGGUGGCGUAUGUUUUGACAAUAACAACUUGAAGUCACGAGCGUCUUUCGUUAUGAACGAUUAUUACCAAAGUAAAAGUCGCACCGAUGAUGCUUGUAACUUCAGUGGUAGUGGUAUGGUUACUACAACCAACCCCAGCACUAGCACAUGUGUCGUGACAAAUGGUGGAAGCGGUGGAGGUAGUGGAGGUAGUGGAAAAUGGUGUGUGGCUAAACAAGAAGCGACAGAUGCGCAGCUACAAGCGAAUAUUGAUUGGGUGUGUGGCAAAGGUAUCGACUGUAAGACAAUCUCACCUGGAGGGAUAUGUUUUGACAACAACAACUUGAAGACACGAGCGUCCUUCGUCAUGAAUCUUUAUUACCAGAGUGGUCGCACCGACGACGCUUGUAGUUUUAGCGGUAGUGGCAUGGUCACUACUACUAACCCGAGCACUAGCACAUGCACCGUUUCGUAG